AUACUGAACAAGCAAUCAGUUAACGACUGAUUAAAAUACGUUCUCUGUUGCAGCAUGUUUCAUAUGUAAUAAAUGUGUCGCCGUGACUUAAAACUAUAAACAUACCCACUGGAGAGUAUUUUACGUUGUCAACAAAAGCGUUCAUGGCAACAGCAGACGACGCAAAAUCAGCUGUUGAAAAGAUUUUUUAUGUAGUGAAAAUGACAAUGGUGUACAAGGAAAUAAUUUAUUGAAUUGAUCUAAUUUUUUUAAAUGAAGUAGAUCUAUAUUUUUGAAGAAAACUAAGCUGAUAAAAUUAUCAGCAUUCACCAAAUUUGCAAAACGGCUUGUUGGGUGGCAAAUGGAUGUGGCUGUGGGUAAGAUGGGACUCGCGUCGAGCAGGAAUACAACGGUUGUAAAAGCUUCGUCACCAAAGGGUAUGAAUGGGAAGAUAAAAAUACUAAAUUUAGAGGCCAAAAUUGAUAAUGAACCAACACAUGUUGAUGAAAGUUCGUCUGCAGUUCUGAAAUAUAGAACACCAAAUUUCAGGGCUACUGCAACGGUAGAAAUAUCACCUCUGCAAGAUGCGGAGAUGUGGAAAGUUGGUUGGAUCCAAGCUUGUACAGAUAUGACUUUCCAUAAUACUUAUGGAGAUGAAGGCUUUACAAGUUGGGAGUUUCCAGAAUUAACAAGUGGCAAACAAAUUAUGAUUAGUGAUUGCGAUGGCCGACAUUACCCAUGGUACGGAUCCCGGAACGAAACGGUUAUCUUUCAAGGAACAUCCGAUGUAGCACAGUCAGCAACUAUAACCAUGAAUGACAAUUUCCAUCCACAUGUUACAUGGAGAAAUCCAGCAAAUCGCAAUCAAGCCAAUCCAAAUUUAACGCACAUUAUUAGAGAUCAGAGUUUCUAUGUGUGGCUCGUCGCGUGGAAUAUGACAACAAUGAAGUCAUUUAUUCUUCAAACAUUACAAUGGCGAAUGCAAUUAGAAAUUGAUGUUGACCCCAUGAAACCAUUAGGACAACGUGCUCAAUUGGUUAGUGAUCCUAAGCCAAGGCAACCAGUGCUAUUAGAAAAGAACAUAGCUAUUCCCCGUUGUGCGUUAGUUCCACCAAAUGCUAACAGUGCUCAGAUGUUAGUUUGGAGAGCUAAGAAGGGCAAGGCUCUGUGUAUUAUACCUCCAGUGUGGUCUUCUUCGGAAGAAGUGCAUAAAUCCAAGAAAGUGGAUAGUAAAUUAUAGAAAUAAAACUGUGAUUAAAUCACUGCAACAGAAAAACUCACUCGUAAAACAUUUUUUUAUCAAAAUCGGUGCAAUUAAUGCUACAUAAUGCUACACGUUCUAAGUCAAGCAACUCAGGUCUCAUUUAGAAAGGACUUGAAGGUAAUGAUUGUGAUGUUAAUCAGAAAGAUUUAAAAGAUAAAUCUUGUUCUUAUGUUGCUAAUCUUAAUAGGGUACUUAAAAUUUGGAUAAAAUAAGUACAAAGGAGUAAAAUGCCCCAAAAAUAUACUUUUUAGUCAAUUGAUUUUUUUUUAAAGGUAAUUUAAUAGGUUAUUUGGGGAGUUCCCCAUAUGGGUGUUCAACUUUUAGCUGCUAUAUUUUGAAAAUUUAAACUCUCUGACUAGUCCUUUCAAAUUAUGGUUGGACAAUUACAUGCAUUGACAAAACAGAAUGAAUAAGCUUUUCCAAAUCACCAUGCCUUUUAAAGUGCAUGCAUAUAAGUUAAAAAGUUCCAGUUUCAGAAUAUUCAACUCUAGUUAGUAUUCUCAAGUAGCAAGAAGAACAAUCCAUUGGAUUCUGAUGGUUGGAAGAUGUCAUAAAAUGGUCAGAAAAGACGUUUUUUUUAGUGUCUUUUUACCUUUAAUAUAUAAACCCAAGCAAUAAUUUUUUGGGAGGCCAAUUGUUCGAAUUGGCCUCUUUACCAUCAUAAAAAUAAUACAUCUUGUACUUCUGAUUUCACAUCUUGUAAACUUAAUAUUGUUUUUUAAAAAAAGUAUAUAAUGAAAUUUUUCCUUUAAUGUCUUUCAUAAAACUACAUAUUUAAUAACUAUAAUCCUUUAUAUAUUUAUCUUUUAUCAAAUGAGGAUCUGGCAUGAUGUGGCUUUAAUAUUUACAAGUUAUUGAUAUUUUUACAAUGAGCCAUCCACGACAUUUUGUCUUUCAUAACACUACCAAUUUAAUAGCCACGAUCUUUUCUAUAUUUUUUUACCAGAUGUUUAUUUUUAUAGCGAUACAUGAUGUACAGGGAUUAUACUUUAUAUUUUAUAUACCCAUCUUUGUAAAUAAAUAAAUAAUUUAUUCAUCAUUAUGCCAAUAAAGAAUCAAAUGAUGCCGUGAUGGCAGA